AUGAAACUCGAUUCCAAGGCGAUGCGCCACCUCACCUCGGAGGACUGGAAGGUUCUCACGGGUGUUGAGCAAGGCAGUAAGAACCACGAAAUCGUACCGACGCCUCUGAUCGAGAAGCUCUCUCGGUUGCGAGGUGGCGCCAGCGGCGUGCACAGGAGCAUCUCGAACCUGGCCAAGGUCGGCCUCAUUGCACGCGUCAAGGAGGCCAAGUACGAUGGCUACCGCCUGACUUACGGCGGACUCGACUACCUCGCCCUGCACACGCACUCCACAAAGAAGGCCAUUUACUCUGUCGGCACCCGCAUCGGCGUCGGCAAGGAGAGCGACAUAAUGAUCGUCGCCGACGACACGGGCUGCCAGCGUGUCCUCAAGAUCCACCGUCUUGGUCGCAUCUCGUUCCGGACCGUCAAGGCCAACCGUGACUACCUCAAAAAGCGCGGUCAGGCCUCCGGGUCCUGGAUGUAUCUGUCCAGGCUGGCGGCUAUGAAGGAGUUCGCCUUCAUGCAGGCCCUGAGGGAGGAAGGCUUCCCCGUGCCCGAACCAUUGAGCCAGUCCCGUCACACCAUUGUCAUGUCCCUGAUAGAUGCGUAUCCUUUGCGCCAGAUCUCCUCUGUGCCAAACCCUGCCGCACUCUACGCAGAACUGAUGCUUCUCAUUCUGCGCUUGGCAAAGCAUGGACUUAUCCACGGCGAUUUCAACGAGUUCAACAUCCUUCUCAAGGAGGAGAAGGACAAGAAGAACCACGCUUCAAGUACAGAGUCAGCAGAAAACGGCUCUUCGGAAGUUGGGGCCGCGCUGCCUACGCCCAUACUGAUAGACUUCCCGCAGAUGGUUUCCAUGGAUCAUCCCAACGCUGAGAUGUACUUCGAUCGGGAUGUUGCCUGUAUCAAACGCUUCUUUGAGCGUCGCUUCCACUUUUCUAGUGACGAGCCAGGCCCUUUUUACAAAGAUGCACUAAAGACUGUAGGCGCUGAUGGUGCUCGGCGACUCGAUGCCACCGUAGAGGCCUCCGGAUUCACUAAAAAGAUGAGCAAGGACCUUGAGAAGGCCAUCCAGGAAGAGGCUGCGUCUCGCCGCGAGCAAACGAACGAUAUUGAUGGAGAGUUUGAAGGCUCUGACGCUGAGCAAGAUUCAGACGCCGAGGCGGAGUCUGAGCAAGCCGAUCUAAACGGCAGCGGCCAGACGGAGCAUGAUGCAUCAGAUUCAAAACUACCCUUGACAGGAAUUGAGGCGGCAGUGCAAGGUACCAAGAUCAGCGACACAUCAUGA